AUGUGUUGGGAUCGAACCCACGACCUCCUGCAUACCGGACGAGGUACUUAACAUCUCGCCACCGUGAAGGGGACAGAGGUGAAGAAGCACUCGCAACGAGUGCCCUUCACUUGGCUGCUUGACACAGACCCUCAAAUGGACCACUCACAGUUGCACGUCUCCUUCAACUUUAAAACAAAGAACAAACUUGUUUCUACACACCUGCUUAUAACACGCACACCGUCCCAUGUUUUGUAAAGAGAAGAUGAUUGCAGCGCAUUGCAUCAACGUGUGUCAAGGCACACGCCUUCCCAUAGCCAACUGGGUGCAAUUUAAAAUGAUGCAAGCCUCGGUUAUAGUACGUGUGUGCGGCUUGUCUGACUGUUCCAGUUUGUGUGGUUUCGUGAUUAGUGUGAUACCCAGUGCACAACAUUAUGCUUGUUAUUUUAAUGACUUCAAAAUCCAAAGGAAGCUGAGUUUUUUUUGGAGGGGUUUCAUGAAUUGAUUAAUUAUACUGUUUGUUGAAUUCACAUUCCAGAGCAGCCUUAGGACCAUGAAAGCUGUACCAUGGACACAUUGUAAGUCUUGUUUUUUCCCUGCAAUUGAAAAAUAAUCAGAGGAGGUGGCUAGGAAGUUUUUGAGGGCUAGUUCCAUUAGCUGCCACCUCUGAGACUUUGGAUUCAGGUAUCGUCCACCAGUGAUGAAGCUACGUUCUCAAGUGUAGUGAGGUGAUUGCCUAAGCGUGGUCACCAAUGACAGCACAAAAAUAAAUCGUAGAAAAAUGCAUUCGUACGUACAUUCGUUUUUUUUACUCAAACACUCCAGAGGGGCUUUCUCGGGCUUACCUUCAAUUGAGGCCGUGCUGCCAGCAGCGGCAUGGGUAAGCAAUUGCAGGGCUGCACAUUUACCUAUAUAAAGCAACUUACAAAUUUCGUGCAAAACAAAUUCUUUCACGUAUCUGUCUCUCCCACAAAGGUUGUUGGGAAAGGAUUAAAGUUGUGGCAUUAGCAUGUAGGUCACAAUGGUGCCAACAUUUCCAUGCAGUCAGCUGUGCAAAUAUUAGCCGAGCAAGCCUUAGGUCCGGGUUCUUUGGAGCAUUUCAGAGUGGACAUAUCAAAGACCUUUAAUGUGCUGCACAAAAAUAAUAAGAAUAACACUGCAGGUAUUCCAAAAAACAGCAAAAUAUAUUUAAAAAUUUUCGUGCGUUCGUCUCUUUAUUAUUACUAUUGUUAUUCCUAAUAUUUUUGGUUCGCUUUUCCUUUUCAUCAGAUUGCUGCCGCUAACCCGCGGUUGGGCUGAAGACCGGCGAGGCUUGCGCGGAACACAACGAAAACCGGCGAGAAAGAAGGAAUUCCUGUCUCCGUUGCUUAAUUUUAUUUUUUCUUUAAGCGGGGUUCGUUUCAACUUGCGAAGUUAAAAGGUUCGAAUAAAAAUGCCUCCGCCAGUGAGUGCCACGGAGGGAUACACGCCCCCUGAUGGUGGCUGGGGUUGGGCAGUGGUCGUCGGGGCCUUCAUCUCCAUCGGCUUCUCCUACGCCUUCCCCAAAGCCAUCACCGUGUUCUUCAAGGACAUCCAGGAGAUCUUCCACACCACCUACAGCGAGAUCGCAUGGAUCUCCUCCAUUAUGCUGGCCGUCAUGUACGCCGGAGGUCCCAUCAGCAGCAUCCUCGUGAAUAAAUACGGAAGCCGUCCCAUAGUGAUUGCCGGCGGAAUCCUCGCUGGAACCGGAAUGAUAGCGGCGUCAUUCUGCAAUACCAUUUUCCAGCUCUACUUCUGCAUUGGCGUCAUUGGAGGUCUGGGCUUGGCAUUCAACCUGCAACCCGCACUCACGAUAAUCGGUAAGUAUUUUUACAAGAAGCGCCCCAUCGCCAAUGGAAUCUCGAUGGCCGGGAGCCCCGUAGGCUUGAGCACCAUCGCUCCGCUCAACCAGGUCCUAAUCAACAACUUCGGCUGGCGAGGGAGCUUCCUCAUCCUGGCCGCUUUGCUCUUCAACUGCUGCGUGGCCGGUUCUCUCAUGAGACCCGUGGGACCCACUCCGGCCAAAGACGCUCGGAAGAAGGGCAAAGAGGAGGUGCCGAAUAACUUGGAAAACCCCCUGCUCGCGACCUCAAACUCCGAGGCGAAAGACAAGAACGGCGACUCGUUCUCCAGCCGCUUCAUGCAGCUGCUGGACCUGACGCUCUUUAAGCACCGCGGCUUCCUCAUCUACCUCUCGGGAAACGUGAUCAUGUUCUUCGGAUUCUUCGCGCCUGUCGUUUUUCUCGCCCCUUACGCCAAGCACAUGGGCAUAGAAAACUACUCGGCCGCCUUCCUGCUCUCCGUCAUGGCCUUCGUCGACAUGGUGGCGAGGCCCACGACAGGCCUCCUGGCGAACCACCCGCGCAUCCGGCCCAAGAUCCAGUACUUCUUCAGCUUCGCCGUCUUCUUCAACGGCUUCUGCCACGUCAUGUGCCCCUUCGCGUCCGACUACACGGGGCUCGUGAUCUACGCCGCCUUCUUCGGCAUGGCUUUCGGCAUGGUGAGCGCCAUGCUCUUCGAGACGCUCAUGGACCUGGUCGGGGCUCAGAGGUUCUCCAGUGCUGUGGGGCUGGUCACCAUCGUUGAGUGCUGCCCAGUGCUUCUGGGUCCACCCAUCGGAGGCUGGCUGGUGGACGUCACGGGCGACUACAAGUACAUGUACUACGUGUGCGGCGCCAUCGUCAUGGUGGCGGGCAUCUACCUCUUCAUCGCCAACGGCAUCAACUACCACCUGCUGGCAAAGGAGAAGCGCGAGCGGGAGAAGGCGGCGGCGGCGGGCAGGGAGAUGGUCGCCCCUGGCACGCACAACUCCCCGCCGCUCGACGCAGCGGAAAUCAAAGAGAGCAAUGCCUAAAGGGUACACGGGCAUUGUG